AUGUUUGAACUCUGGGUCCUUCCAGGUUGGAUCCUGCAGAUAGGAGCUGAGAUCUUCAGCAUCUGGAGCGAGUUCACAGGCGGUCAGAGCAUCUGCGGGGAUGUGGGCGGCUUUACAGACGGCGGUGAUGCUGCUGUGUCAGAGAUUAUAGAGCGAUCCAAACCAACCGUCCUUUCAUUAGAGCAGAAAGUGUUUCCACCUGGUCGGACCGAGCUCAUCUUCUCAUCUAGAUCCCGUCUUAUUCAGCUGAUCCCGCGGUUUGUGCGAGUGAUCCUGGCAAAGACGGCGUGUUUCCUCAGCUCCUGCUCGCUCACAGAGAGGAUGGAGGCGGUCUCAAAGCUGGUGGGUCAUAGUAAAGAGGACUGGAAACAGGUGGAGGAGCUGUGCCCGGUCUGUGGAGAUAAGGUGUCGGGCUAUCACUACGGUCUGCUCACAUGUGAGAGCUGUAAGGGUUUUUUUAAAAGAACCGUCCAGAAUAAGAAGAGGUACGUGUGUGCCGAGUAUCAGGAGUGCAGAAUCGAUAAGUCUCAGAGGAAACGCUGCCCGUUCUGCAGGUUUCAGAAAUGUCUGCACGUUGGGAUGAGGCUGGAAGCGGUGCGUGCAGAUCGGAUGCGGGGCGGCAGAAACAGGUUUGGCCCGAUGUACAAACGAGACCGAGCUCUGAAGCAGCAAAGGAGAGCUCUGGUUCAGGGUGGGGGCUUCAGGACCGAGCGGGCCCCCCCUCUGAGCGUCUACGGAGACCCGAUGUUCACGGCUGACCUCCACCCGGCCCCCGCCCUACAGACGGCACAGAGCCAGUUUUUCAGCCUCCAGCCUCCAUCGCUGGGCCCACUGCUGCCCCCCCUCUCUCCUGUGGCCCCCUCCAUGAAGUGUGAGCCCCCCAGCACGGAUUCAUCUGUCCCUGCAGCAGGACUGACCCCAGAGCAGCCCCUCCCCCUCCCUCUGUCUCCUCAGCUGGUGGUGGAGCUGCUGCAGGGGGGGCCAGAUGAGCUCCAGCUGCAGGAGAAGAUCUCUGCUCGCCUCCUGCAGGAGCAGAUGAGGUGGGGGGGUCACUGGACCCCCUCCACCUUCAGCCUGAUGUUCAUCAUGGCCGACCAGAUGCUGCUGUGCACGGUGGAGUGGGCGCGCUCCUGCUGCUUCUUCAAACAGCUGCAGGUGGGCGAUCAGAUGAAGCUGCUGCACCGUUGUUGGACCGAUCUGUUGCUGCUGGACGUCGUCUGCAGACAGGUCCUGUUCGGCCGAGAGGAGCGUCUGCUGCUGGUCAGCGGGCAGGAGGUGGAGCUGUCAGACGUCUCCCCUCAUGCCGAUCCGGCCCUCUCUGGUCUGAUCCACAGAGGAGAGCAGCUCGUUCAGAGGCUCAAGGUCCUAAAAGUCCACCUACAAGAGUUCACCUGGAUCCGGUUCCUCCUCCUCUUUGACCCCGAGGUGGAACACCUGGAGGAUCGUCCGUUUGUGGAGAGCGUUCAUCAGCAGGUCAGAGGAGCUCUGCUGGACCACGCCGUGAGCUCCUCGUCUCUCCUGUCGGGACGUUUUUCUGUCCUGCUGCAGUGGUUGUCAGAGUUGCGCCUCCUCAGCGGGUCAGCUGCAGAUUACCUGUACGGCUCACACCUGAACGCCGAGCUGCACGGCGACAGCCUGCUGCUGGAGAUGCUGCACGCCAGACGCCACCAGACGUGA